AUGUUUACCAGAUUUAAAAAUUUUUUUUCUCGUCAUAGAAAUAAAUUUAUAACGGGAGGUAUAUUAGUAGGAGGAGUAGUACUGUUUUCAAAAUAUGCUCAAAAAGUUAAAGAAUGGCAAGAAAAAGAAGCAAAGGAGUUUUUAGAAAGAGCCAGAAAACAACAACAUUAUGAUAGUAUAGAAAAAACAUGCAAUUUAACAGCAAUGACAUUGGCUUCUACAUUAAAAGAAGUUAUUAUAAAAUUAAUAAAAUCUGAAGAACUUAUACAAAAGUUACAAUCAGGAGUUAAAAAUAGAGUUGAGCUUUGGGAAGAAUUAAAAAUUUUAGCUUUCUCUAAAUUGGUGAUUUUAUUGUAUGCACAAGCUAUAUUAACAGUGACUUUAAGAAUUCAACUUAAUCUUAUUGGUGGUUACAUGUUUCGCUACACAACUGAUGAUUCAGAAGAGAAUAAAAUUACUAGUAAUAUGCAAGAAAAAUAUUUAGGGUUAUGUCAGUUUUUUAUUGAAGAAGGAAUUCAUAAGUUAUGUGAUGUAAUUAAAGAAAAAGUAAAAGUAGUUCUUGAAAAAAAAUCAUUAAAGGAAAAAUUAAGUUUAAAAGACAUAGAACAAAUAUUUUGGGCUGUUCAAACUUCCAUUAGCAAUGAUGACAGAGAUCCUUGCAAAUCAUUGCCAGAUUAUGUUCUUCCUAAUGAUUUGAGAAGAAUUUUGUAUGUCCCUGAUUUAUCUGUUUUUGACAAUAUAAUUGUUGAAACUCAUGAUAUAUUAGAAAGCGAAGAAAUAAUUCAUUUGAUUAAAUCAUGCAUUAGUCAUGGAUUUUGUUAUGUUACUGAUAAAAUAUCUCAAUAUUACAAAGAAAAUGAUUCUUUAAAACAAAAAACAGAUUUUGCUAAUCCAGUGCCUACUACAUCUUCAAGUUUAGACGCUAAUUAUGUCUUAAAUUUAAAUGCUGUUACAAUUCCAAUGGCUAAAAUAAUUCCCCUUGUUAAUGGUUUUGUUCAGAAUCAGACUAAGAAAGAUGAUGUUCCUCAUGCUUGGAUACAGCAACUUAUUUUGAUGGAUUCAUUAAAAGUGAUGGGUGCAAAUAUUUAUGAAACAUUUAGCAGUAAAAAAUGA